AUGACAGAGGAAACAAAAGUUCGAGUUAAAAUCUAUGGUUCAAGCGUAGCAGGAAAUAUCUUUGUAAAGUCAAACCAAUCAUGGAUUGAACAAAUACUUAAACAAAAUAAAAUUGGUUUUGAAUUUGUUGAUAUAGCAGCUGAUGAAGACGAAUUAAAAUAUAUGAAAAGAAAAAAUCGAGGCGAAAAAGAAUUACCACAAAUCUUUGUUGACGGUGAAUUCAAAGGAAUUUUUAAAGAUUUUCAAGAAGCUGUGGAACACAAGGAAGUAACAAAAUUUUUGGGUUUAUAA